AUGACAAGUAAUCUAUCAAGUGACGUUAGAAAAUGUUCAUCUUCGAAAAUUAUCCUAUCGGCUGCACGUUCACGUUUUAAUCGUGGUAUUCAAGAAUUAAAUUUAUUUUCUAAUAAUCCAUUUUGGUCAUCAGCAUUAACACCUGCUGAACAAAUUUAUAGUACUCGACUUUAUUUGAUAUUAAUUUUAAUAUCACUUUUAGCCAUUAUUAGUUAUGCUAGUUUAUUUGUUCGAACAUAUGAUGUAACAUUAAAUGAAUUUUCUAUAUCUGAUUUCGAACGACUUGAAAAACGUUAUUCAACAACAUUUAAAGCUACAUGUAGUAAAGAAUCAAUACCUUAUAGUAAAUUUUUGAAUUUAUCUGUUACAUUUCAUCAAAUUUGUUCAAGUUCAUUUAUUGAAAGAGAAUGGAUUUAUUCUUUAUAUCUUUCAAAUGCAACAUCUCAUAAUGUUUUGGAUUUUCGUACAUUUGCUUUUUCUCAUUAUCGUUCUCUUAGUUUAUUAUGUAAUUUAGCACAACAAACUAUUAAUGAUAAUUAUCAUUCAUUUAAUUCUACUAAUUUAGUUGCACUUCUUACUUUUUCACGUGCACAAUUCAAUGAUUUAGCUAAUGUUCUUAUUUCUAAUUUUCAAAACAAUCUUUUAGCUAAUGAAAAACGAACUGCAAAAGCAAUAUCAUUAAUGAUUGCACAGAAUCGAUUAAUGUCAGCUUUACGUACAAAUUAUUAUACGUAUUCUAUACCUGGUUCAGCAUCAUAUAGAACAUAUAAUGCAGUUUAUUUAAAACAAAAUGGAACAAAUGAAUCUAUUUGCGAUUGUAGAUUAAGUAAUAAUCAAUGUACGUAUCCAGCCGGUGCUUUUUAUAAUUGGACAUCACGAGAAUUGGGAAAACCAGCUCAAAAUUAUCCACCACCUCUAUUUCAGAUUCCUGGAUUAAUGGCUGGAUGUAUACCUCUUGAUGCUAUGCGUCAAUCAACUCUUGAAUGUUUAUAUAAUCAAUCAUGUGUCGAUGCCAUAUCAUUUCAACCAAAAAUUUUUCGACCCAAAGCUUUGAAUGUAUCAUUAACAGCAUUUCCAUUAAAUUCAACAAUAGGUUCAUUAUUUGAUGAAUCGUUAUUUGUUGAAACUUGGAAAAAUCAAUCGAGCUUUGAAAAAUAUUAUGCUGCUUGUCAACCUCAAUCUAUUUCUUACAGUUAUAAAAGUCGAUUUCAUUUUGGAACAAUUAUUACUCUAAGUCUUAAUGCUUUCGGUGGUCUUGUUACUGUUUGGGAAUUAAUUACACCAGCUAUUGUCAUAAUUUGGCAACGAAUACAAUGGAAAAAACAACAACGUCAACAAUCUACAACUGCAGAAAUAACAUGUGUAGAAUUAGAAAUUAUGAAAAUGGCACCAAAACCAAUCAAUGAAGCUGUAACUGUUCACGUUCAGCGAACAAUUCAUAAUUUUAAUUUGUUUUCGUCGGAUAAUAAAAAUGAUCCUGAAAGAGAACGUUUUGGUAUUAUUGCUACUCGUCUUUAUAUUUUCUUAAUAAUUAUUUGUCUUAUAAUUCUUGGUUUUUAUACAUCUUUCUUAAAACAUAGUCAUACAUAUACUGUUGAAAAACCUUCCCUUUCAAGAUUUAAAGAAUUACAUUCAAUGUAUGAAUCAACAUUGAAUUGUCCAUGUUCAAGAUUUUCAAUGUCACAUGCUCGAAUAAUGUCUCUUACUCCUCGUUAUCAUUCGAUAUGUUCAAGUGAAUUUAUUGAAGAUGAUUGGUUAUCUUAUUUUGGUCGUGUAGAAAUUGAUAUGACUAUUGUUAGAUUUACAUCAGCUGAUUUUCGAGUUGGUGGUCAAUCAUUUUUUGAAUUAAUGCGUACAUUAUGUAAAUUAUCACAUACAACAAUUGAAAAUGCAUUAAAUGUAUUUCGUUCGAAUCGAUUAGUUACUAUGAAUGUUAUAUCAAAUUUACAAUUUAAUAUUGAAACAAUGACACGUUUAAAACGAUUUGAACAACAAACAAUAAGAUCUUUUUUGAAUUUAAUUUAUUUAAUUCGUUCAUCAAUUAAAACAAAUCAAUUAGCUGAAGAAAUGAUGUCAAGUACAUCACCUGCUUCAAAAUAUAUUAAUGAAACAUCAAAAUGGACAUUUUUUUUUCGAUCACGACAUUUUUAUACAAAUUCAUGUUCAUGUGGUGUAUCUGAUGAAUGUAGUCGUUCAACUGGUUUUUAUUUUCAAAAAAGAAAUUCAAGUAUUGAUAUACUUAAUAUAACCAUACCUGGUUUACUUCUUGGUUGUUAUGCAAUUGAUUCUGUUCUUUUAUCGACAUUAGAAUGUUUAUAUGAAAAAAAUUGUGUUAAACUUCUUGUUGAUAACUAUGAUUUUGAUGUUGUUGGUUUAGUACGACCAUUGAACAAUCGUGCUGCUCAAAUACAACCACUACAACAUGAAAAUAGUCGUUUUUAUCCAAAUACGAUAAUAAGUGAAAUUGUAUCGCAAGCAUUUGUAGAAGAUUGGAUUAAUUCAACUAAUUAUACGUCGUAUUAUGAACGGUGUGCACCUUCACAAUGUACUUAUACUAUACGAAAACGUUUGAAUAUUGAUAUAUUAGCUAAAAUGCUUGGAUUUUAUGGAGGAUUAGUGAUAAUUUUAGAAAUAAUCUUACCAUUACUUGUUAGAACAAGUUUACAACGAUGGUCGAAACACAAAGAAAAAUCAAAGCCAAUAGUUAGUCCUAACAACAUUACGACAGAUGUUUAUCGUAUUUUAGAUACAAUGAUGAAUGCUCCAUGUUCUUCAUCAAAAGAGACUAAUCAUAGUUUUAAUAAAAAAUUUAAAAGACUAUUAUCAUUGAAUUUAUUUGCGAGUGAUCCGCCCUUGGUUAACAAACAAUUUCAAAAUCAAGAAAUUAUUGCCACUCGCAUUUACAUAUUUCUAUUUAUUUUAUGUUUGAUUGUUGCCGUUAUCUAUUAUGGUCCAUUCAAUCCGGAAACAGAACUUAUGCCAAUAAAAGAACCAACAAUGGAUAUUGUCAAUAAUCUUCAUAAAAUGAAUCUUUCAAGUCUCUCAUGUCCAUGUUCAAAAGUAGCUAUUCCCUAUUCACAAAUUUUAUCAAUAAAACCAGAAUAUCAUUCAAUAUGUUCAAGUGAAUAUGUUUCUCUAUCAUAUAUCAUUUCUUUAAGACAAAAGAAAGAUAAUAUAUCAACAGCAUUAAGUGCUCAUUAUCGUUUAUUGUCCUCAUUAUGUCAGUCAUCUCAUCGUUUUAUUGAAAAUGCUAAAGAAGUGUUUGAUACUUUUGAACUCAUCAGUGUAGAAACAUUAACUCAUUCUUCAUUUGAUAGUCAAAUACAAUCGUUUAUUUCAAGAUUUAUUUCUCAAAUUCCAGCUGAAUACCGUCGUACUCUUUCAUUUAUAGUUGGUUCAUUUAGUGUUAAUCAAUUAUUACAUCUUUUCAGAAGUAAUUGGUUAAUUGAUUUUACUGAUGAAAAUGAACAAUAUUUAUUAAAAACAUUUCCAAGAAAUUUUUCAUUAUCAAAUUGUAGUUGUACAAUCUCAUCAAAUUGUAGUGAACCAUUGAUAGAUGAUAUUGUUACUGGUUGUUUUCCAUAUGAUGGAUUUCGUUUGUCUAAAUUUGAAAAUUUUUCAUUAGGAAAAUUAAAUGAUCAAUUAUUUGUAGAAACAUGGAAAAAUACUAGUAAUUAUACAAAUUAUUUUCAAAUAUGUAAUCCGUUAAAAUGUCAAUAUAUAUCAUCAGAUAAAAAUGAUCCUAUAAUUAUAUUAACAAAUCUUUUGGCUGUAUACGGAGGCUUAACAUAUGGUUUGCGUUUGAUUAUUGGUCAAUUGUUACUAGCUUAUCGAUGGUGGACGAAACACAUAACAAAAAAGCCCGAGACAAAUGAAAUUAGUUGA